UAAUUUACUGAUUUAGAGAGAGAGAGAGGAGGAGAAGAAGCAGAACUGAGCGGUUAAAUCUACAAAGCCUUUUACAGUUUACAAACAUACCAAAAGCUUCUAUCUUUUUCUUCAAUUCUUCCCCUUAGUUCCUUUGCUCAGACUUCUUCUACUUCCUUAAAACCCACUUCUCAAUCUCUGUUCCAUAUGCUUUUGUUUGCAAAAAUUAAAUCUUUCUCAACUAUAUAACAACUUUGAGAACUUGGCUAGAGCUUUGUCAUUCUAGAGAGAGAAGGAAGGUUAGGUGACCAUGUCUAAUCAGGAUCUAGAGCGAGGAGGAACAAAGGCUAGAGGCAAUCAAAACCCAGCUGGGAAUUACACGAAUCCGUACUAUGUAGAGACCUCGGAGCAUCAAUGGACAUCGUGGUUGAUACCCAUGUUCGUGGUGGCUAAUAUUGCUGUCUUUAUUGUGGCCAUGUAUGUCAAUAACUGCCCAAGGAACAAUCUUAAGUUUGAAGGAGCUUGUGUUGCCAAGUUCCUUGGCAGAUUUUCGUUUCAGCCUCUGAGAGAGAACCCUCUCUUUGGUCCGUCUUCUUCUACAUUGGAAAAGUUGGGAGCUUUGAAGUGGGAUAGAGUUGUCAAUGGGAACCAAGGAUGGAGACUCAUCACUUGUAUCUGGUUACAUGCUGGUGUCAUUCAUUUGCUUGCAAAUAUGUUGAGCUUGGUCUUCAUUGGGAUCCGCCUUGAGCAGCAAUUUGGAUUUGGGCGAGUUGGGUUAAUCUACUUAAUAUCGGGAUUAGGUGGAAGCAUACUAUCAUCUCUUUUCAUUCAACGUAACAUCUCUGUUGGUGCUUCGGGUGCUUUGUUUGGACUUCUUGGAGCUAUGUUAUCAGAGCUUCUUACAAAUUGGACUAUUUACACCAACAAGGCUGCAGCUCUAUUCACACUCAUUAUCAUAAUAGCCAUCAACUUAGCUGUUGGUAUUCUACCCCAUGUCGACAACUUCGCCCACAUUGGAGGAUUCAUGAGUGGUUUUCUCCUCGGCUUCAUUCUGUUAAUUCGUCCCCAGUUCGGAUACUUGGAGGGUCGUCAUCUUCCAGCAACUGCUCGCGUCAAAUCUAAGCAUAAGGCUUACCAGUAUAUCCUCUUGUUGGUUGCAGUCGUAUUGCUGAUUGUCUGGUUUACGGUUGGGUUGGUGAUGGUAUUCAAAGGAGAGAACGGGAACAAGCACUGCAGCUGGUGCCAUUACCUGAGCUGUGUGCCUACCUCAAAAUGGAAAUGCGGUAACUGAGGAGGAGACUUCACUCAUUCUCUCUUACCAUAUUUUCCUUCAGCUCCAUACAUUAUUACCAUCUUUUGAUAUGAUAUGAUAUGAUUCUUUUCUUUAUUUUAUUUGUAUUAGAAAAAUUUUCAUAUGUUUAUUCUAUUGGAUAUGCUUUUUCUUUCUUCACUCGUGUACAUGCAUAGUUUAUCAGUGAAAACAUUACAAUGUUAAUUAAUUUUUCUUCUUCUUU